AUGAGCACCUCUCUUAAUUAUAAGUCUUUUUCCAAAGAACAGCAAACUAUGGAUAACUUGGAAAAACAGCUUAUUUGUCCCAUAUGCUUAGAGAUGUUUACUAAGCCUGUGGUUAUCCUACCAUGUCAACACAAUCUCUGCAGAAAAUGUGCCAGCGAUAUUUUCCAGGCCUCGAACCCAUAUCUACCAACCAGGGGAGGUACCACUGUGGCUUCAGGAGGUCGAUUCCGCUGUCCAUCUUGCAGACAUGAAGUAGUUCUGGACAGGCAUGGAGUCUAUGGUCUUCAGAGGAAUUUGCUGGUAGAAAACAUAAUUGAUAUAUACAAACAAGAAUCUGCCAGGCCUGAAAGAAAAACUGAGCAGCCAAUAUGUGAAGAACAUGAAGAUGAGAAAAUUAAUAUUUAUUGUCUGAAUUGUGAAGUACCCACGUGUUCUAUGUGCAAAGUUUUUGGUGCUCAUAAAGAUUGCGAAGUUGCUCCCCUCACAAGUGUUUUCCAAAGACAAAAGUCUGAACUCAGUGAUGGCAUCGCGGUACUAGUGGGAAGUAAUGACCGAGUACAAGGAAUAGUAACUCAGCUGGAGGAAACUUGCAAAACAGUUGAGGAAUGCUGCAAAAGGCAGAAGGAGCAACUGUGUGAAAAAUUUGAUUAUUUGUACUCUGUAUUGGAAGAAAGAAAAAGUGAGAUGACACAAAUGAUCACUAGGAACCAAGAGGAGAAACUGGAACGGGUUCGAUCUCUGAUAAAAAAAUAUGCAGACCAUUUGGAGGCUGUAUCAAAACUAGUGGAAUCAGGCAUCCAAUUUAUGGAAGAGCCAGAAAUGGCAGUAUUUUUACAGAAUGCCAAAGCAUUGCUUCAAAAAAUUAGUGAGGCCUCUAAAGCAUUUCAAAUGGAGAAAAUAGAAAAUGGCUAUGAAAAUAUGAGCCACUUCACAGUCAAUCUCAACAGAGAAGAAAAGAUCAUAAGGGAAAUUGAUUUUUACAGAGAGGAGGAGGAGGAGGAGGAAGAAGAGGAGAAAGAUGUGGCUGAAGGGGAAGAUCUGGAUGAAGUACACACAGAAUCAUCUGGUGAGGAAGAGGAAGUAUCUGAGCAAACAUCUCAACAACCUCAGCAGGACACUGUGCCAAAAGAUAUACUUCCCAUCUCUGAGACUAACCUAGCACCACCUCCACCAUCAGUUGAUGCUGCUACUUCACUUAAUCAGGGUGAAAGUUUGGUGGCUCCUACUCAGCAACCUGCAGGACUGGUGCAAGCUGAACCGCAAGCAAGUGGAGAACCAACAGAUCCUUUGUUUUAUCCUAGUUGGUACAAAGCUCAACCACGACAAACAAGCAAUUCCAAUACAUCCCCAGGGACCGAAAAUAGGCAGGUAGGGCCUUGCAUUCCUGUAGAGGUGAAUGUAAAGAAGGCAGAAGGUCCAGGAGUAGCUACUGCGAAUGGGAGUUCUGCUGUGAGUGGUAAGGAAGCUAACACACCUACAGAUACUUCACAGACUGGGUCUGAACUAUCUCCACAAGGACAUGCAGAAGGACAGCUGAGGACCAAUGAAAGAGUUGAUGAGCCAGCUCGUCAUGUCUUCUCUUUCUCCUGGUUGAACUCAUUGAAUGAAUGAUGAUGCCAGCAGGUCUCUGAAAUGACUCAUAGGCAACAAGUGACUUGGCUGAAAGUGACGACAAAUAGCACAUUUGAAAGAAAUUGUGGCCCUAAUCUUCUCUGGAAAUUUUUUUAUUGAAAGAGUCAUAUUGGAUCUGAUUCUCUGAGAUUUUUGGAAGCAGCUGUACAAUGUGGGGAAAGAGGUGGGAGGAAAAAUUUUGAAAAUGUGAGUCAGUAGUUCAUGAUGGGGGUCAAGUUCAUAAUAGCUUUUGAGACGAUAUCAUAUGAUAACCUUGUAACUUCUCCAACUCACCUUCACAAAUUGGUACAAUAUUGGUUGAACAAUGCAGCCUUUAUAUCUGGUACUGGUCAAUGAUACAAACAUAAACUGUUACAUGAUUAUUCCAAUUGACCCUGAAUGUGCUCAAGCAAAACAAAUGUUAGAAAGGAAUGUAUUGAACAGACCACAUAUUGUUGUUACAAGUAAAGUGUUAAAAGCACAUUAUAUAGUACACAUACUUGUACAUGUCUUUGACAUUUUCUUGUACAAUUGUGUUGAAGUAUUUCAUCAAGAUUGCUGUAUAAAAUAUCAGUUGUUUCCCUAAUAAAGGCAUUCGUGUUGUUAAUAGGCAUCAGGAAGUAAUUGUGACAGGCUUUUCAAUGGACAUCAGCAACUCUAACCGGAGAUUUUAUUUUUCUUCAGUUACUAUAUGUAUUGAACAAUUCCUUUUCCAUCCUAUCUGGACCCCUGAACGUGUAUGCAUGCCAAAUAUUGAAACUGCUCACAAUAAACAGCCAGA